AGAGGGCCGCCGUGGGCGAGUGCGCAUGCGCCUUCCGCGCCGGCUCAGUGCCCGCGCUCCUGCAGCUCCUCUUCCGCGAGAAAAGAAGAAGGAAGGAGGAUGCUACUCCUCCUGGGCUUCGGCUCUGGGCUCCUCGCCGCUUGCUACUACUACUACUACUCCCGCGUCCCCCAGCGUCCGGUGCUGCUGGCCUGCGGCCCCUUUGGCCAGUUCCUGUCCCGGCGGUGUCCGGUGGUGUCCGAGACCUUCUUCCCGACCCCCUGGUGCUUUGAGGGCCACCUCCAGACCAUCCUGCGUGUCCUCCUCAAGUCCAGGCCAGACGUCCACUACCAAAGCGAGGUGCUGCGGACCCCCGAUGGGGGUCAGCUCUGCCUGGACUGGGCCGAGGGCGAGGAGGGCCACGCCACCAGUGCCCACACUGACCCCAAGUGCUGCCCCACCGUCCUCUUCCUUCCCGGCCUGACGGGCAACAGCCAGGAGACCUACAUCCUCCACCUGGUGCGCAUCGCCCAGCGCAGGGGCUAUAGGGCCGUUGUGUUCAAUAACCGGGGCUGCAAAGGGGAGGAGCUGCUGACUCCUCGGGCUUUCUGUGCAGACAAUACUGAAGACCUGGAGCUGGUGGUGACCCACAUCAAGAGCCGUUUCCCUCAAGCCCCACUGAUGGCUGUGGGCAUCUCUCUGGGCGGGAUCCUGGUGCUGAACUACCUGGGGCAGAAGGGCCAGGAGGCCGGGCUGGUUGCCGCCAUGACCUGCUCCGUCACCUGGGAUUCCUUCGAGACCACCUCCUCCCUCGAGAGGCCCCUCAACCUGGUGCUCUUCAACCAGCGACUCACUGCCAACCUGCGUCGGCUCAUCCAGCGGCACAGGAAGGUUAUUGAAGGGAUGCUGGAUGUGGACCAUGUGCUGAAGGCUCGCAGCAUCCGGGAGUUUGAUGAGCGCUACACUGCUGUGGCCUUCGGCUACAAGUCCUGCGAGGAGUACUACCGGUCAGCUAGCCCCCGCUGGAAGGUAGGGGGCAUCCGGGUGCCUGUUCUGUGCCUCAAUGCCUCUGACGACCCCUUCUCCCCACGGCACGCCAUCCCCAUGGAGGCAGCGCAGAGGGUGCCUGCCCUGGCACUGCUGGUGACGGCAAGAGGGGGCCACAUUGGCUUCCUGGAGGGCCUCUUCCCCCGCCAUGAGAGCUACAUGGACCGCGUCUUCACCCAGUUUGUGGCCGCUAUCUUUGAGCACCCGCAGGAACUGGCCCAAGCAAUGGCCAUGGAGGCCGACCAGAGUGAAAGGAGUGAAGAGACCUCCAGGGAAGAGCCUAGCAGCUGCCCUGAGCCUCUGGCCACCUGAGAUCCCUGGUGGAUGAGGGUCCUGCUCCUGUCCCUCCUCACAGGGAAAGGUGCACAUGCAGUGGCAGGAACAGCACCACCACCACCUUCUGUGCAAAGGACAGGUCCUACUCCUUCAAGAGAGCACCACAAUCCCUCCCACUGCCUUAUGAUGAACACAAAUACAGGGUUGUUCUUUCA